AUGACCACUAUCUCCCAGUACCUCAACGAGCGACUGAAGUACUGCAGUCCAACGCAAGUUAUCAUCAUCACCCUCAGUUGCGGCGUGGCAGUGCGCAUUGCCGUAGACUGCUUCCGCGAUGGCCGCUUAACGAAGCGCACCUACCAGGCGGUGUUGCGUGGAAUCCGCUCCCUAGCGGGCCCCAUCAUCCGUAAGGAGGUCAGGAAAGCGGUAAGUGUGAUUAAGAUGCCGUCGAAGGAGGGUGAGUUCAAAGCCCUCACGCUACCGAAGGAGUCUCGCUCGGAGGCAGAGGUGCUACAGUUGGUCACCCAGCUUCACAAAGACCUCGAUCUCAGCUACGAGGAGGGCGGCUUUAGCGGAACCGUCUACCACGGUGGUACGUCGUACACUGCCUUCAUAAACGACGUCAUGGCCAUCUUCCAGUGGAGCAACCCGCUGCACAGCGACAUCUUCGGCGCGACGCGCAAGAUGGAGGCGGAGAUUGUGUCCAUGGUGUUGCAUAUGUUCAAUGGCCAUUUGCUUCCGGACGCCGGCGGUGCAGUGACAUCCGGAGGCACGGAGAGCAUCAUGAUGGCCCUCAAGACGUACCGCGACUGGGGACGCAAGACGCGGGGGAUCGAACACCCAUCUGUGGUGGCACCCAUCACAAUUCACCCCGCGUUUGACAAGGGCGCGGAGUACUUUAAUAUUAACCUCAUCAAAGUCCCAGUGCUGGCAGACACCGGUCGCGUGGAUCCAAAGGAGAUGGAGAAAUACAUCCGAUACGACACGAUCGCCAUCGCAGCGUCGGCACCAAACUUUCCGCAUGGCGUGGUCGACCCCAUCGAAGAGAUUGCGGAGAUCGCCUACAAACAUGGCAUCGGCAUGCACGUUGACUGUUGCCUGGGCGGCUUCAUCAUGCCCUUCCUCGAGAAGACUGGCCGCGCGGCGCCCGUUGUGGACUUCCGCAACCGCGGCGUCACAUCGAUCUCGUGCGACACGCACAAAUACGGCUACGCGCCAAAGGGGACGUCGACAGUGAUGUACCGCUCGAAGGAAUUGCGUAGCUUCCAGUUCUGCUGUAUUGCCGAGUGGCCCGGUGGUAUGUACUGCUCACCUGCGGUGAGCGGGUCGAAGCCAGGCAACGCCAUUGCCGGCACAUGGGCGGCAAUGGUACACAUGGGCGAAAAGGGCUACGUAGAGUGCUGCCACAAAAUCGUCCUGGCACGCGAGACGAUGACGACGGAGCUGCGCAAGCUGCCUUACAUCCGCAUUAUUGGCGAGCCAACCGCAAGCGUAUUUGCCUUUACGAGCAGUGAGAUCGACAUAUUCCUUCUUGGUGAAGCUCUCAAGUUACGUGGCUGGGUGCUCAACAAACUUCAGUUCCCAUGCGGUUUGCAGUUUAGUGUGACGCUGCUGCAGACGCCGCCGGCGGUCACAGCUCGCUUCUUGCGCGACGUGAAAGAGAUUGGCGCCACUCUCUUUGCCGAGAACAAGAAGCUCAUCGCCGCGGGGAAAAAGCCCAUAGUCGGGGAAUCGAGCAGCACGCUCUACGGCACAGCGCAACGCAUUCCCGAUGGCACGAUUGUCAAGGACGUGCUCCGUGAGUUUCUCAGCACGUACUACCAAGCCUGA